AAACACACUUCGCGGCCAUGUUGAAAUUGCACUGACAGUUACUCCUUAGGAAAAUCUCUGAACUCACAAAACAUUGCGAAAAACUUGUUUAAGGAGUUUUAAAGAAACACAGUUUGAGUCAGACUGGCCUCCCCUUAAGUGUUUCCAUCAUUCCCAUGAAAUUCCUUGAUCCAGGAAAUGGAUCAGGAUGAAAGGCAGAGAAAAUUAGAGGCCGGACGAGCAAAGCUUGCUCACUUUAGACAGCAACGGGCAAAAAGCGAAAGUUCGAGCUCGCAGAAAAAGACGCAGAAGAGGAAGGGCCAGACUGUCCAAACGGAUGAACAGUCUGUGCAAGAGCGCCACCUAGAGGAACCACAGACAGACGAUUGUCACGGAGAGAUCAACAAGGAACCCUCAGAGGCAUCACUCAGACCUGAUGGCACAGACAGCACAGUGGAUGAUGAAACCAAUUCCCAGGAACCAAUGUCCUCUUCUGGGUCUCUGGGAGAGUCAGAGCUGCCUGAUCAGGCAGAGGACGAACUUGCAGAAAUGAUUAUAGUUGCACAUACUGAUAAAGAACAACUGAAGCAAUUACAGGCUGCAAUAGAGAAACGCAAUGAGAUCAUUUCGCAGCUUAGUAAGAACCUGCAGGUGGCGCUACAGAGCAGAGAACAGGUGCAGCUGGAGGCACAGCAGCUCACUGGUCAGAUUCAAGCACUACAACAUCAACUACAGCAGGCUAAAGAACACCUACGUAGCAAAAGUCAAGGGUCUGUAGAUCUGACCCAGGCUGUUCAGAAUCAGCUGCAUGUACAAUUGGGGGAGUCGCAACAGAUGACCAAGGAACAACAGUGUCUCUUGGCCCAAAAAGAAACCGAGAUCACAGACCUGGAACAGAAAUUGUGUGCCAUGGAAAAAUCCCUCUCUAAGCUUCAACAUGCCUUUACCCAGAGAAGUGCUGAUCAUGAAGAUCUAAGACUUGCCGAACAUGGUGGUUUAGAUUUAUCUGCUAUGUGCCCCCUGUUCCUGGAUAACGAUCCUGACUCAAACUCUGAAGCUUUAAUGCAAAGUCUUAGAGCUGAGUUAGAGGAAGAACAUAAGAACAGCCAGCGAGCUCAAGAACAAGUUGAAGCAUUUCAGAAGAGGGUACAGAGUCUGGAGAAUGAGAAGACCCUGAUGGAAACCGUUAUUGAAAAACAAUCCCAGGAAGCCCAGAAAUAUAAAGCAGAGAAAGAUGAACUGAACCAAGAAAUGACUAGACUAGAUAACCUUGUGAAGGAGCUUCAAAAUCAUCUUCAUGAAGAGGAGGAGACAGGACAACAUGUGCGUUCCAAAUAUGAAGCCGAUAUUUCCAAUUAUGAUCUUAGACUUCAGACUCUGGAGGAGGAAAGGGAAUUGAAUGUAGCCCAGCUAACUGAAGCUCACGAGGCUGCCCUUAGUCGCCUGCAGAAGGAGCACUCUGACGAGAUCCGUUGCAUCCAGGAGCUGCUAAACCAGGCCCAAAGUCAACAUACUAAUUCUCAUCAUAAUGUUUCCAAAGACUUUGGUGCAGAUGUACCCUGGAACAAAGUCUCUAAAGAGCACUAUAAUGAAGAGACCGCCACUGAGAAUGCUGUCGGAGACAACUACAGUUUUGACAUCUCUGCAGGGGGUUUCCAGGAUGUUCUUAUGGAGCGUUACUUGACCUCCGAAGACCCUCAAGAAAGCUCAUUAAUUGAAGGUAGUUUGGAGGAAUGUAGCCUGAUGGAAACCUCUGAGACGUCUAGGUUUGAGCUAGACACUGAGGUUAUAUUUCAUGCUUCAGAUGUCCGUAACAGUGUCACAUCUGAUGGUGAUAAGUCUGAGCCAAGACUGUCUGUUGUUCAUGGCAUUGAAGUGAACCAACCUGAUGAAAUGUCCUUCACUGAUGCCCAGUGGGAUAAAUCAACCUCGGUCAUUGAAGAGCUGAAUGAGAGCUCGGGCACUAUGGACUUGGCUAAAGAGCUUCUGAUCCAGCAGUGCAAAGACCUGUCAGAGCAGUUAGAAGAGCGGGAACGACAGCUUGAAGUUCUUCAAGAGGAGGUUCGUCACUCGGCUGAAGAGGUCGAGGAGGCAAGGGAUCGUUGGAGCAAAGCUUCGGAGGAGCUUGAGGAAGCUAAGUGGGACUUGGAGAUGGAACGUGAGAAAAGAAUUCAGUAUGAGGAAGUUAUAAGCCAAAAAAUGCAUGAAGAAGACAAUUUCAAGAACAUACUGAGUCACUUGCAGAUCCAGAAACACAUGCAGCUUCAGGACGAUGAAAGAUUAAUGCCUGACAACACUGAUUCCAAUAAAACCUCAAUCUUUUUGUCUAUAGAGGAGAUGUUAACGGAACUAAAGGAGGAAAAUGCCCAAUUGGUGAUAAAGCUCAAAUGUCAGGAGCAGCUAGUGAAGGAUGUCCAUCAACCGAAAGCAACUCAUGACUCUAUAAAUGGUGAGCUUUCCUCUUUGCAAGCUCAGAGAGAUGAAUUUCUACUUCAGCUGGAGCAACAAAAGGAAAAACACCAAGCUACUUCAGUGCUGCUUGGCCAAAGGACCUUGCAGGUGGACCAAACCAAUAGUGAGCUUCAACAGCUCAAAGCUGAAGUAGAGGAGAAGGUUAGACAGUUGCAGAACUUGGAGAAAGAGAAGACCGACCUUGAGUCUAAACUAAUGUGCCUUAAAGAGAACCUCACCAACAUGGAAGAGGACAAAGCAGCCCUUGAAAGACGUCUCCAUGCUUUUGAGGACCAAUCUAAAAACAUGGAGAAGGUUCUUGAAUCAGAACUGAAGAACUUUGAGCACCAAAUUGAAUCAAAGGAUGCAGAGCUCAAGGAAUUCAAGGAAGCACAAGAGAAGGCAGAAGUGGAAUACAUGGAGAAGGAAAGUGCUUUAAUGAAAGAACUCCUCAUUGUCAAACAGGAUCUGGAAGAAAGACAGAAGCAACAUGAGGAGGAGAAGAAAAUUCUGGAAGAGAAACACCAGAAAGAGGUUAAAUACUUGAAUGUACGUUUUGAGCGUGAACUUUCUGAGCUGUCUGCUCGUCUGGAAGAUGAGCAGAAGAGACAGAUCAGCAUGAUUAAACAGGUCUAUGAACGAGAACACGAGAGGGAGCUGACACAGCUGGCUGCCCAACAUAGUGAGGAAAUUGGCAGACUUAAUGAUGAGCUCCCCAGGGAGCUGCAAGACGGCCUGGAGGCUGCACACCAGGCUGAGCUACUCCAAACACAAAGCCAGCACAACCUGGAGCUUGAAGCCUUGCGUCUGAGUUUGACAAACUUGCACAUUGCUCAGCUGGAGCUUUCUCAAAGCAACAUGCAGAAAGAUAAGGAAGGGGCCCUCAGUGAGCUGCAGACCAUGUUACGAGAGAAAUGGGCACAGGAAAGUGCCAUGCUGCAGACACGCCAACAGUUUGAGCUGGAGAGAAUCCGUGAGCAGAGCCGAGAGCAGGAGCAACGAAACCAACGAGUGCACCAGCAAGAGAUUGAUGAUCUGAAUCAGGAUUGGGAGAGGAGAGCUUUGGAACAGAAGAGCUCAAUGGAGCAGGUGCAGGCCUGUAAACUAGAGGAUCUAAAGGCAGAGUGGUUCUUGGUGGCUGAGAAGGUCAAGACAGAACUGCAGAGUCAAUUAAUUGAUGUCCAUCAUAAACUAAGUGAGACCCAGGCGGCCCUUACUGAGGCUGAAGCAGCUCUCUCAGAGACACAGGGUAGGCUAGAAGACCUGCAGCAUUCCAGAGAUCAAGACAUUAUGAAUCUGGAAAAAGAGCUCAACCAGGCCUUGACUGACAGAGAUGCUGCUGCACGUGCAGUUGAGGAGUUGGUUGCAUGUCACAAGGCGGCUCUACAGGAGCAACUGGAAUGUUCUCGAGCCCUGGAGCAGAGAGAAAAAGAUUUGAAGCAAGAGGUUGAGCGUCUGCAGUCAGAAAAGGUGGAACUGAAGACCAGUUCAGAACAGGAGAUCUCAAACCUCUGGUCUCAACUGGAGAGCAUGAGAACCAACAGACAGGAGCUCGGAGAGCUGAAAGAGCAGUUGCUUGCACGCUCGUCGCAGGUUGAUGACAUUGAGCGACUAAAACAAGAAUUCACUCAGCAGCGGCAGGAAAUCAAAGAGCAGAAUGAGAUGGAGCUGGAAAACCUUCGCACCUAUUUCGAGCAGAGACUCCGGGUCACAGAAGAGGGUCAUCGGGAAGAAAUCGCACUCCUGCAGCUGCGCCUUGUUGAGGGAGCCCUGGAGGACUCAGUGCUCAAGACUGGAGAUGCAAGCUUUCUUUCAGAAGGGAAGAGUGAUGAUGACAGGAAUGAUGCUAUGGAAGAGAUCACAAGACAACUAGAGAAAUACAAGGAGGAGCUGGAUUCUCUGCGGCUGCAGUUAGAGGAGAGACACCAGCAGGAACUGGAGCAGCUGCGGUCCAGCAUGGCUCUGACUUAUAAAGAAGAACUACUCCAGGCUCGCUCUGAGCUCACUGACCGAUACUACAAAGACAUUGACCAGCUCAACACCAAACAUGCCCAUGAAUUAGAACAGCUCCGUGCCAAACUCUCAGACAACCAUAUCAAAGAAAUAAACAAGAUACGCCUACAGUCUGCACAGGAUGUAGCGAGGCAGGUGGAGGCUGAGGUGAAGGAGAGGACUCAAGAGCACCAGACCAAGGUGAACCAGUUGGAAACCCAGCUAUCUCAGCUCUCCUUAAUGCACUCAGAGGAACUGGAGAAAGUGGUAGCGCAACACCGAGAUCAGCUCAGACAGAUGGAGGAGACACAUCAGAAAGAUGCUGCUGAAGAGUUAAGGGUGCGUCUUGAGGAGGCACAGAAGGCAGAGAUGAAUCGUGUGAGUGAGGAGUUCACUAAAGAGCAGGCCCAGCUGAGGGAGCAACUCCAAAUUCAGGCUAAACAGCGCUUCGCUUCGCAGAGAGAAGAGCUUCAGAGAUCUGCCCUUAAAGAGAAAGAGGAGUUGGAACAGAAGCUUCUAGAGGUUCAAAAACUCCUUGAUGUGGAAAGGGAGAAGCUUCAAGCACUGCAGAAGAGUCUGGAGUGUGAAGAGAGCCCUCAAGUGGCAGUGUUGAAGCAGAAAAUCCAGGCUCAAUACGACAGGGAGAUGUCCACUGCAAAGAGUGCCAUGGCAGCAGAGGUGAAAGAGCUGAAUGCACUACUUCAGGAUCAGAUGGAGAGCAAGCUACAAGAGGCCCUCUGCAGGCACCAAGAAGAGCAGAAACAACUGGAAGAUAAGUUUACCCUUCAAAGAGAUGCUGCCCUGGGUCAACAGAAAGAACAGCAUGCUGUAGAGCUGCAGGCCCAGAAAACACUCCUGGACCAGCGAGUUGCACAAUUAGAGCUUCUUGAAAAGGAGUGUCAGGAACUCAAAAUACUCCAACGGGAGGAACUGGAAUCCCUCCGGACCAAUCACAAAACAGCCUUAGAGACCCUGGAGAUGGAGCUUACAAAUAAACACAAGGUAGAGCUCGACAGAUUGGAGGCGGUCCUUCAGGAGACCAACCUGGCACAGCUUGAAGCUCAAGAGGCGGAACUUCAGGCACGACACACGCAGGAGAGGGAGGAGCUUGAGGAGAGGCUGUUGGUAAAUAUGGAUACACUGGAGAGCACGUACUUGAAAGAAAUCCAGGCAGUACGGGAUGAGAAGGAAAGAGAACUGCGUGACCUUGUAGAACACUAUACUGAAGAGAUUGAGAGGGUGAGAAAGGAGGAGCAAACCAUCGGAGAGGACCUCAGAAGUGAGCUUGCUAAGGUCCAUAUGGAUAAAUUCAGCACCAUGGCAGCAGAACUGAAUCAAGCCCAUCAGGUGGAGUUCUUUGAAGCGGUGUCCUCUCAGAGGGCUGCUCUGGAGGAUGAGCAUCGAUCUGCUUUGGAAGCUCUUCAGCAGCAAGUAGUUGCUUUAGAGAAGCAGCACGGCGGCGCCCUUGUGGAGAUCACUGAUCUUGCUGCUGCAAAGGAAAAGCAACGCGAGCAACAAUUGGAUGUGCAGGCUACUCAACAUCAGCAACAGUUAGAAGAGUUAAGAGGAGUGUCUGCCAGGGAGCUGGAAGCUCUGCGUAGGGAAUUAGAUGAAGAAGCGUCAAGGCAACGCCUCCAUUUCCUGGAAGAGGCCGAGCUUCUCAAGUGCAAGGCUGAGGAGCUGCUGCAGCAGACAGUUGCACAGUUAAAGGUGGAGAAUGACCAGGCAAAAGCUGUUGCUCUUGAGGAGCUGGAAAAGACUUUAAGACAGCUACACGAGAAAACUGAACUCGCCUACAGUGACAAGAUGAACCAACUCAAUGCGCAACUACAGCAGCUGGACACUGUAGUUACACAGCUGCGAGCGGAGGUGAGCGGGCUGCAGGUGGAGCUAGAGGGCAAGCGGGCAGAGAUGGACACACUGGAGAUGCUCCUGCAACGCAGAGACCGGGAGAACCAGGAGGGAGACAAUCUACUGGCCAUGCGCAGAGCAGACCUCAGCACGGCCACACAGCAAAGACAAGACCUGCAAACAGCACGUGACAAACUACAGAGGAUGCUCAUAGAGAUGCUUCGAAUCACUAUGGCAACAGAAGAGCACAUCAGCCACAAGUUAGGGGUUUGUGUGUCAGGUGGUCAGGCUGGAGACAAAACUUUGCCCAGCUCUAGGACAGCCAACAGUAGAUGUGAUACACGUGAAAUGGAGGGAGAUGCUGAUUGUAGUAUGUGGUCUUCGGCUGUGGACGAGGGGUUAGAAUUGUCUCAGAGGCUGUGUGAAAGUGUGUUCUCUGGGCCGGAGGGAGAGAUGGAGGUCGAAAGUGAAGAGCUCAUGCUGGGGGCCUGUACACGUCUGCGCACAGCUGUGGAUAAACUACUAGAGCUGCUCUCAGAGUCCUCACAACAGUUGGAGCAGAUGUGUGGUCUUCAGGCCGUGCUAAAUGAGCAGUUCAGAGAUGGAGGUGAGGCUGGAGCGUCUCAGCUGUUUCAGAACUCUCAGCUCCUGGAGCAGCUGGAUCAUGAGGCUAAUCUGAAGAGCCAGCUACAACUGGAGCUGCACAAGGCCGAAGGUCUGAUGGAAGGCUACGUAGCUGAGAAAGUAGCUUUGGGGGAGGCACUUCAGCAGAAGGAAACGCAACAGCAGCGUCUGGCAGAGAAGCUGGAGAGCGCACGCAUCCAACUGCAGCAGCUCAGUGAAAAUCAUACCCUCCUUCUGCGCCAGAGAGAAGCUCUCACAGCCGGCCUCGGUGACACUGAGAAGGCUCUGCUAGCGGAGACUGAGCGUCUGGGGCAGGAGUGUGUGGAGGUGCAGCGGCAGGCGGAGAAGAGCUGCGGUGGUUUGGCGUCCCGUCUGCAGAUGCUGGAGCAGGCCUUGGAGGAGCAGGAGAGCCAUGCGCAUCAGCUGGAGGAAAAGCACCGCAUGCAGACUGAAGACCUGCAGCAACAUAUUGAUGCUUUGGAGAGACAGCUCAAACAUAACCGCCAGUUCAUAGAUGAACAAGCAGUGGAGCGGGAGCAUGAGAGAGAUGAAUUUCAGCAGGAAAUAAAGAAUCUAGAAGAUCAACUGAGACAGCCAUCUAAAGUAUACACAGGAGGGGACAGCAAGGGUCAGAGGGUGGAAAGUCUUCAGGCUCUGAUCAAAGAUAAGAUGGAAGACUAUAGUGUACUGUUGUUAGCAAAAGAGCAGUGUCAGCGUGAUGUGGAAGAGCGUAAUGAAGAGAUUGAAAAAUUGGCCGCUCGUAUCCGUGAGUUGGAGCAGGCAUUGCUGAGCUGUGCAGAGGCCAGCCGAACGGUCACACAGCUGGAGCAAGAACUUCAGAAAGCACGCAAGAACCUUCAGGAGCUCACACAGGAUAAAGAAGCUUUACAGCAGCAGCAGUAUGCUAAUAAGCUUCAGAUCUCUGCCCUACAGUCCAAACUUGAUGAGACCAGACACCGUUUCCCUGAUAUGACCCCUGACCCCAACCUCCGGGAGCAGCUUGAAGCCGUACAGCAGGAUCUAAUGACCAAAGAACAAGAGGUGGAGUUGCUGUCAGAACGUAUAAGUGAGCUUGAGAAGGAUUUGGUAGUGAGGGAGGAAGAGGUCAGACAACUAGCACUACAGCUGGAGCUCAAAAACACAGAGAGCAGAGCUACAGAAGAGCAGCUCCACACACACAUAACUCACCUGCAGGAGACUGUGGACACUUUAACAAGGCGACUAGAAAAGAGCUGUGACGAAUCCAUCCUUCCGCUGCCUUCUGCCCUUCUGGAGGAGAAGAAUCUGGAGAUCGACCACUUAAACCAGCAAAUCCUCCAGCUGCAGCAAGAGCUUGACAUGACCAGUGAUAAUAAAACUCUGGAGGAAAAGCAAGCUGAGAUUGAAGAGCUGCGCUCUCUGGUUGAACGUCUUCGUUGUGACCAGCAACGUUUACGGCAGGCAAAGGAAGAAGAGACUGAGCAACUCCACGAGGUUAUUAACAAGCUUCAAGAGGAGUUGAGCCAGCUUGACCCCAACCAUCAUGAGGUCAGUGACCCCAACACUGACAGCCCUGAGUCAUCUGACUUCCCCUGGUCCCCUCAUCCUUGCCAGCAGAGGGCGCCUGAGGAAAGCCUGUGCCAGGAGCUCCGCAGCCACACGCUGCAGUCGUCUCGUGCUCGCUUGCAGGAGUUACAGCUUGAGCUGGAGCGAGCAGCCGAAGAGAAGGACUCUCUUCAGAGACUGUUGCUCUCCCAAGAAGAACAGUAUGGAAGCCAGGUGGAGGCACUCGGCCAGAGUCUCAGAGAGGAAAGGGGGACGGUGGCUGUGUUGGAACAGGAAGCAAAUGAGCUGAAACUCCAGCUGGAGGAAAAGCGGACAGAAGCUAAGAGAUUGGCGGAUCGUGUGGAAGUGUUGGAAGAUACAGAGCGAGCUCAUCAGUCCAGGCUUCGAGAGUCUGAGCUCCAGCUGAGAAUAGUGGAAGAGAGAAGAGACGAGGUCCAGCAAGAGCUUGACAGGCUGCAGGAGGAGGUGAAGAACCAGUGUGUUGAGAAGAAGCUUCUGGAGAACCAAAUCUCAGAAUUGCAAAACAAAGAAGAGGAUUAUCAGAAUGAACUUGACUCUUUACAGUUCAAACUGGAUGAGCUUGAGCAAAAUGUCCAAGAAGGCAAAGCCACCAUCAUUGCAUUGGAGACGAGCAAAAGAGAACUGUCUAUUGAGAGAGAGGCUCUGAGAAAACGGGAGGGAUGCCUCCAGGAGGAAAUGGAGUGUUUGAAACAGGAAGUGACAUCAAAGACUAACUACAUCAAAGAACUACUUGACCAACACAAGGAUACUGUGGCCAAACAAGGGGAAGCUCAAAAAGAAGUACUGACGUAUGCUGAAGAGACCUUGGCUAAAGCGGAGACUGCUUUACGUGAGCGAGAACAGCAGCUGAUCCACCUGAGGGCGGAGCAUGAUGCUCUAAGGGCGGAGUUAGCAGCUGUGAAGGAAGGGCUUAGUACCAGCACAGAGAGAGCUGAAAAGCUACAGGAAGAGGGACGGACGAAAGAUCGUGCAUUGGCUGAUCUCGAGGUCCAUAACCAGCACCUGAAAGCAGAGCUGUGGAGUCUGCAGGAUGACCUGGCUGUGCAGGAAGAAGAGCUGGCCUAUCAGCAGCGGGAGCUAGAGCAGCUCAGACAGCGCUGCAACCUGCAGGACCACCAUCCCAAACACGGCCACCGCUUUCUUGAAGGCCUUUCCCGUGACCCAUCCCUCUCUGCUUCCCUGUCUUCACCAGAAGUCCUGCGUAGGUUGGAGUGCAGUGAAGAGCACCCCUCUCGUCUGCAGGUGUCUCACCUCUCAGAGCUCAGUGCACUACACAAUGCCAGCCUAGAGCUCCACAGCAAGCCUUCGCCUAUGGAUCAGGACAAAGAGAGACCACACCCCAGACAAACUUUUAUCCCACCUUCAGAAGAAGUCCCACCUAGCACACACACUGCAUCCGCAUCCCCUUGCUCUCUUACUGUGUCUGAACACCUUUCUGUGCUUGACUCCCUGGAUACAGAUAAGGUUCAUGAAUUGGACAAUUCAGAUGUGACACCAUCUCUGUCUCCACUUGGUUCCAACUCUCCUGUGUCUGUGCCAGAGUGGGUCAGCGAUGGAUAUGGCAGCAAUGUGAGCUCAGAGUUGGAGGCCAUGCUGAGGCUUGAGUUGGAGAAUUCAGAGCAUUUAGAUGCUCAUUUUGUAGAGUAUCUGCGCUGCAGAGGAAUGUCACCAGCUGAAAACACCGAUAGUGCUGCAGGCAGUAUGCACGAGAGCCACGAGGCCCUCACACCUGAGUUACAGGCUAUGUUGAAGCACGUCUACCAAGAAAGCUGUAGAAUCCUGUCUUUGUCCUAUCGCCCUGCCCCAACUGGACAGUCCCGCCCAGAUUCUGAGCCUGCCCCACCCCCCUCCUGGCAGAGGGAGAGACGGGCCUUACAGGAGACCAUCUUAUCACUCAGAGAGCUGCUCUGCAGGAUGGCUGAGAGGGAACCCAGGACUGACAGUGGGGAUGUGGACUGGAGGCGUGAGCUAUUGCAGGCUGUCCGCAGUGUGUUUGACAGUGAAAGGGAAUGGCUUCACUCUCAGCUUCAAGCUUUCAUGGCAACUGCCACUCAGAUGGACCACACCUCUUUGCUGGAUCAGUUAAAGAAACUGUUUCAGAAGCAGGAGGAGCAGCAGUGGAGAUCUCUAGAGCAGCUGUUCAAUGCAGACCGUCACAAUCUAUUGGCUGAGGUGCGCAGCCUGCAUGCGCAGCUGCAUACAAGCACCCAGCAGAGCCAGGAACAGCUGCAGGAUUCCCUACACACUGCAAAAGAACAGGGCAUGGAAACGCAACAUCAGCUGCAUAAAGAUGUUGAAGAGCUGGAGUUGCGGCUGCAACAGGAACAGACAGUGUCCCAUGAUCUUCGCUCCUCUCUGGAAGCUGAGAAAAGUAGAGGAUUGGAGUGGCAGAGGCAGUUGGAGGCGGAGCUAAAUGCUGUGUCUGUGCUGAAGGCAGAGCUAGAGGAGACCAGGCUAGAGCUUCAGACUACAUCCAAAAAUCUAGAUGAAUUGAAGAGCCAAAUCCACAAGCUCAGGCAAAAGCUGGAAAAUGUUGAGGGUGAACAUCGGGCCUGUCUACAGGAAUUGGAGAAAGAGCAAGCUAGAGUACAGGAACUCCAGGAGGACCUUCAGCAGCAGCAACUCAUCAACCAACAGACCGUUGAUCAAAUCCACCAAACACAGGAGGCUUUAAAUGUGCAAGCAUCAAAUGUCAGUCAGCUUAACUCCGCACUGGACCAGGAGCGUGUCACAUCCAGUAACCUGCGCUCUGAGCUCCAGAUCGAGCAGUCUCGUUGUGAGGCCCUGCUGGCCCAGGAACACGAACGCACUAAACUUGCACUUUCCCGCCUUGAGGAUGAACGCUCUCGAUCAACAGAGCUCGCAGAUUCACUCUCUCGCCAAGCCCAGCAGCAUACACGCUGUUUAGAGGAAGAAGCUCGUAGACAGGAAGCAGCCAGCGCCCACGACAGAAAGUUUAUACAGGACCUACGGGCACAACUGGAACAGGAGAGGCGUCAGGGAGAGGACCUGGCAGCCAUGUUGGAACGUCUGCAAGGGCAGGUGCUGGAAGGGAAGCGCAGGCAAGCGGAGCAGGCAGAGCAGGAGGCAUACAAGUUGCAGGAGGAAGUGAGGAGGCUCCGUGCUGCCCUGGAAGGCCUGCAGACUCAGAAAACAGAAGUCGGACGCACUCUAGAGGCGGAGCGACAAAAAGCUGCUCAGUUACAAACAGAGUUGGAUGUGAUGAAAGAAAAAAUGAGAGUGGUGAAAGAGAAGGAGAGAGUGAGGGAGGAGCAGAUGGAGAGGCAGAGGAGACUGGAGAAACAGGAGCAGGUGGAAAAGGAGCGACGACAGGAAUGCACCAAUGAGAAACUGUUGGAGUUGGAAGUGUUGCGUGAGAAGGAUCAGCAGCGGUUGAGGCAGCUGCAGCAGACAUUGGCUGAUCUGGAGCACAAAGAGAAACAGCUCACAUCAGAACGCCUGCAGAGAGAGACCCACUCCAGUGGCCUGACUUUCAGCCAGAAUGCACUCACAAACAUCUCUCAGGAUUCUACCUCAUCCACUAACUCUCUAAUGGAACGUUUGCUGAAGGAGAACGCAGAGUUCUCUGAGUGUCUCGCUGCUCUGAGUGAGGAGAAGAUCUCUCUUAAACACACUAUAUCCUGUUUGGAGAGAGACCUGCAAAGCCUGAAACAGCAGGAGCAGGUGAAAUCUCCUGCCAUUACGGAGCAGUGCAUUUUAUCGGAGAAGCUGGCCUGGCAGAAGGAAAAAGCAACUCUUCAGGAUGCGCUGCGUAAAGCAGAGGCUGAGCUCUCAAAAGUCACCGCUAGCAAUGAAAACAGACCCACCAAUAACAGGGUACAGCGGCUCUAUGAGAGAUACCUGCGAGCAGAGAGUUACAGGAAGUCGCUGGUGUAUCAGAAGCGUUAUCUGCUGUUGCUGCUGGGAGGGUUUCAAGACUGCGAACAGGCUACUCUUGCGCUUAUCGCUCGUAUGGGUGCGCAGCCGUCGUUGAGCCAAUCACAGGCCUCCAGACCCCUAAACCGCUUCAGAACAACUGUCAGAGUUGUCAUCGCUAUCUCAAGACUGAAGUUCCUCACAAGGAAAUGGCAGAGAGCUACAAGGAAAAUCUCAGUAGGCAGUGCUACAGUUAACGGGCAUGGAACAGGACCAAGCACAGGUAAGUGUGUUCCUACCUUGAGGACUGAAGUGCUGAGGCCACAGCAGACUGGAGUUGCGUUCAACUCUCCACCCACCCGUGAUCAUGCCUUUGCACAAAGGGGUGUGGUCUCUUCUCUGGUGCCGCCAAUAAAAUCACCUUUCAGACUGAAUCACAGAACACACACAACUCCAGUGCUGGGACCUGCUGAACGCUCCUUCAGCUCUUCCCAAGAUCAAGAACAUUCCCUUACAGAGUAUAUCCAACAUUUGGAGACUGUCCAGCAGCGACUUGGAGCCGGUCGUCCAGUCCCCAGAGCGAACAGGAGGCAUAGCUUCCCCAAUACGAUGAGCUAUCAGCAGCAGUGGUUUCUAGAUAAUAGAACCUGGCUGUAUUUGAGUUGUUUGGCCCCGGGGUCCGUGUUGCCUUUAGGUUCGCCAUCAGUGCUCCCAUAUGCCAGAAAAUCUGACCGAUGAAUGAAGAAAGCUGAUCACUAGUGCCAGUCUGUGUUCAAAAUCUUUGUUUUUUUUUUUUUUUACAUUCAUAAAUUAUUUUUAAU